UUGCACCGCCUAUAAAAUACACAGCAUUCCCUACAGCACAAUUCAUCUUCCCCUUUCUCUCUCUUCCUUAUCCAUUAACCAAUAAUCCCAAGCCCAACAACAUGAACGAUAUCGGCAAAGUCUUCGCGCGCUUCGAUUCCAACAGCGACGGCAAGAUCUCCGCGGAGGAACUCGCCGGAGUCCUCCAGGCCCUUGGAUCCACCGCCUCCCCCGACGAGGUGGACCGGAUGAUGCAGGAGAUCGACACCGACCGCGACGGCCACAUCAGCCUCGACGAAUUCGCCGCCUUCUUUCCUAGCAACAAGUCGGCCGAGAAGGAGCUGCUUGAGGCCUUCAACCUCUACGACCAGGACCACGACGGCAAGAUCUCCGUCAAGGAGCUCCACCAGAUCCUGUCUCGCCUCGGGGAGCGCAUCUCCGAGCUCGAUUGUGCCGGGAUGAUCAAGAACGUCGAUUCCGAUGGGGACAGCUUCGUCAAUUUUGACGAGUUCAGGAAGAUGAUGUCUUCCGCUAAGUCUAACUAACGCUGCCCCCAUAGGUCUGCUACUCAAAUUAGGUCUUUUAAUUUUAUACCCCUCCCUUGUCUCUGUUAAUGGCUAGUGAUCGUAGUUGAUAGUUGUAUGCCCAUUUACAGAAGUCGUACGCUGUUAGUUGCUGUGCUUA